CUGACAUAGAACGCAGACAGACUGUAGUAGCAUUUCCGCCGAAGUCUUCCACGAUAGCCCCGUUCAGUGACGGAUAAUUGGUGCGGUUGCCAUCGGUUUUUUCGGGAAACGUCAGUGAAAUGUAGCAGAUUGUGGAUUAAAAUAGUUGGAAUUUGUCCCUGUGACAAAAACGACACAGGUUUCAUUCUGAAGAGAAGGUGUGUUUCAGUUCUUGACUCAUAGCCUACUGUAUAUUCCCUACCGCCGCCAAUCAGACUCCUCCAGGCUGUAUAUGACAGAGAAGAUGACUGCGAGCACAGCCAACUACCUGUGGUCUCUGGGAGAUGUGCUUGGUCAGGGGGCCACAGCCAGCGUCUACAAAGCCCGCAACAAGAGGACAGGGGAGCAGGUUGCGGUGAAGGUGUUUAACCAAUUGAGCUACAGCCGUCCGUAUGAGGUUCAGAUGAGAGAGUUUGAGAUGCUCAGGAGACUCAACCACAACAACAUCGUCAAGCUCUUCUCUGUGGAGGAGCUGAACAGUAAACAGAAGGUGUUGGUGAUGGAGUAUUGUUCAGGAGGCAGUCUGCUCAGUCUGCUGGAGGAGCCAGAGAACGCCUUCGGUCUGCCAGAGACAGAGUUCCUCAUAGUACUACAGUGUGUGGUGCAAGGGAUGAACCAUCUGCGUGAGAACGGGGUGGUGCACCGGGACAUUAAGCCUGGGAACAUCAUGCGUCAGGUGGGAGAGGACGGGAGUUCCGUCUAUAAGCUAACAGACUUCGGAGCGGCCAGAGAGCUAGAGGAUGAUGAGAAGUUUGUCUCCAUCUAUGGAACAGAGGAAUACCUGCACCCAGACAUGUAUGAGCGUGCAGUACUGCGUAAGCCCCAGCACAAGGCCUAUGGUGUGAGUGUUGACCUGUGGAGUAUUGGAGUGACGUUUUACCACGCUGCCACCGGUACUUUACCCUUCACACCCUACGGAGGACCCCGCAGGAACAAACCCACCAUGUAUAAGAUCACCAAAGAGAAGCCGGUAGGGGCCAUUGCUGGAGUCCAGAGGGUCAACGACGGACCUAUAGAGUGGAGCUACCACCUACCACACAGCUGCCUGCUCUCAAAGGGUCUGAGGGGUCAGCUAGUGCCAGUGUUAGCUGGUAUACUGGAGGCAGACCAGGAGAAGUGUUGGGCAUUUGACCAGUUCUUUUCUGCCACCACAGACAUACUACAGAGAGUCUCAGUCUAUCUUUUCUCCCUGCAACAGGCCACAGCUCACCGCUUAUACAUACACCACUACAACACGGCGGCCAUCUUCUGUGAGGAAGUGGCAUCUCAGACGGGGGUGGGGCUGGAGAAACAGCACUUCCUGUUCCUGGGUCAUGACCUUUCCCUGGAGGGCUCUAUGAAGGUGGUCAACUUCCCCCCUACCUCGCCCUCCCAGCCGCUACUGCUGCUCAGCCGCACUCCAGAGACACACGCUGGCCUCCCAUACAGAGAACCUGAGAUGCCCAACAUCCCAUCCCGGUUUGACGUUGUGUCAGACUACUCUUUCUCCAAGUUGAUAGUAGGAGUGGUCCAUCAGUACCUGAGGAUAGUGCGUUCCUUACACACACACAGAGAGCUGUUCAUACAUGGAUACUACAGCUACAUAGAGAAGGUGCGUAGGGAGUGUGGUGACGCGCUGCUCAGUAUCAGCAUGGUCAACAUGAGACUGCAGUCCUGCCUCAGCUCUGAGCACAGACUACACACACUAGGACAGUUCCCCCUGGAAGCCCCAGACUCCACUGAUGACAGCAAGAAGCUGCGACUGAUCAGGGAGAACCUGCCAGUGUACGCCGGAGGGAUCCGGGAAUUCCAGACCCGUCUAGAACACCUGCACAUAGAACUGGCCAAACACUCUGAGAGUCUGGCUGAGGACAAGAGCAUCCAGAAGAUGGAGGUCCUCCUGGAGAAGAUCAUGGCCAUCCACCAGCAGUACCGCAAGGACCGACUGACUGGAAAACUUGCCUACAAUGAUGAGCAGAUACACAAGUUUGAGAAGAUCCACCUGUCGUCCCAUAUAAAGCGCGUGAAGGGUCUGUUUAGAGAGGAAUGUCUACAGAAGUAUCGAGACCUGCUGGCCUCAGCAUCGACCUGGAGCAGUGUUCUCCGUGAGAUGCAGUGCAGGCUGUCAGACUUUGGCAAUUUCUCCCGAGGGCUGAUGGGGGACCUGGAGAUGUGUGAGGAGCGCCAGAACAAGUUCCUGGACAGAGUCCUGCUCAGAGCCCAACCAGGACCAGGGGGUCAGGAGGCCACACCCAGGGAGAAGGAACACAUGGUCCUCAGGUGUGUGUGUGUGUGUGUGUUAUGUGCCUGGCUGCAUGUGCGUGUAAACCCCUGUGUUUUAUCAUUGUGUGUCCAGGAUGCACCGACUAAAGGAAGAGAUGGAGAUAGUGGUGAGAGAGUUACAAUCCAACAACAGCGUCAUUGAGAGUCUGGGAGCUGUUAACUCUGCAACCAUGCUGGAGCCUGAUCUACCCAGACCCAUCGGACUGUGACCAGACAACCACUCACACACUCUCAGAAAGAGAGAGCGAGAGAAGAUGGCUCUUGUGACAUAUUCCAAAUACAAACCUCAUCAUUGUCUUGAAUGUUAUAGUUGUUCUACUAGACUGUCAUUGUGUGAUAGACUGUUAUGGUAAAAUAAUUGAAUGUCUCUGUCUUACUCAGCUGCUUUGGAAGUCACUGGCCUUGUCUCCUCUAAUCUCCAUAGUAACAACGUUAACUGGAGAAUUCUUAAUGGCAAACUAACGUAAUAAAUAUCGACAUCUGCC